AUGCCAUCGCCACGGACGCUGGAGCUGGCCCUCAGCGGCCUCCUCCUUUCAAGUACGAGAUCUGCUGCCGCCUCAUGCAGUCGCUGCCAAUGGCGCGCAUUUACCGCCUCCGCAGCGCUGGCCGCAAGGGCAGAGAAGCCGGCCGCGGGCGCCUCGAUGGACCCCAAGGCGACCGUCGCCGGAACGCCGAUUGAGGCGCCGCGAAGCUACGGGAAACGAGUCGAGGGCGGCUUCACACCAAAGCCGCUGCCCCGACCAAUUGGCAUGGCGCUGCCUCCUCUGCCGGGCGAGAACACGGGCAUUGACAGCCGCUCUAUGCAGCAGCGCAAGGAGGACUUUGUCAACUAUGAUAAGCAUCUGCAGAGGCGCAAGGAGCUGACUGCCAAGAUAUCAAGACCGUACUUUCGCGAUUGGGGUAACCUGCAAUACCACGAGGGCAAGUCUUUCAUUGCGCCGCCCCGCCUCUUCAAAGCCGAGCUCUCCCUCUUCUUCCCCAACCUCUACGGCCAAACACUCGUCAAGAACGAUAAAUCUCCUCGCGAUACCACCCCUCUUCUCUCCGGUAGAGCAUCCGUCGUGUCCAUCUUCAGCAGUCAGUGGGCCGAGCGACAGGUCGAAAGCUUUAUAUCAAAGGAAGCCAAUCCGCUACUCCACCAGGUGCUGGAGUCCAGUGGCGAUGAAGCACAGCUCGUCAGAAUCAAUUACGAGGAUAACAAUGGGAAAGCUCUACUAGUGAAGCUUUUCAUGGGAGGGCUGCGCAAGAGGUUUGGAGAGAAGAAUUGGGACAAGUACUUUCUCGUGCAGAGGGGCAUUACCGACGAGAUCCGAGAAUCAAUAGGCCUACUCAACAGCAAGGUCGGCUAUACAUAUCUGGUUGAUCACCACUGCAGGAUACGAUGGGCUGGAAGUGGGUCAGGUCACCCGGAUGAGUUGGAGAGUCUGGCCAAGGGGCUUGGAAAGCUUGUUGAUGAUAUUAAAAAGGAGGCUUUACUGCCCGCAACCGCGCGAGAGAAGCUGCCUGGCAAGCCUCACCUGGAAAAAACAAAGGGUUCGGACUAG